UCCUCAGUAUCGUUCAAACCUUGGCUAUAUUCGGAUAAUGCGCACUGCCGUGUUAAAACAGUUGCAUCAUUUUUGCAUUGUGCGUAAAGGUUAAAAGAUGCAAUUGAAAGAUCCAUAUUGCAACGAAUAAUAUAUGUGAGGUUUAUGAAUAGAUAAUUCUUAAAUCGAUGGAAAACAGUCAUUAGAUUCAUUCUGUCAGAUUUCUUAAAUUUCGAAUUACGUUACCAAACAAUUUCUUGAUCAUUUAUCAGCAUAAACAACGAUCAAAUUCUGCGCUAUAUUUUUUGACAUACAAUCGAUAAAGAUUUUAUUAGCAAUAAAUCUUAUAAAGUUUUUUUGUUCAUCGUCGAAAUGAGACUGACUUUAAUACCGCGUACGAUGGAACUCGUUAAAAUAACGCGCCGACUUAGACGGCGGCAAAACGUACGAAAUGUAAGCGAUCAGCAUCUCGCUGAUAUUGAAGAAAAAAAGAAGAAAGUAUCGUUAAAUAUUGAUACUAAUAUGUUUAAAAUUGGUUUUCUUGGCGGAGGAAAAAUGGCUCAAGCAUUAGCCAAGGGUUUCAUUCGAGCUGGUUUGAGUAAAGGCGAGAUGAUGCUCGCUAGUUGUCUUCCAAAUGAUGUUAGCAGUAUUGAAAGUUUUAAGGAUAUAGGAUCAAAAACAGUAUUUUGUAAUUCAACUGUAAUAGAUUAUGGUGAUAUUUUAAUUUUAUCCGUAAAACCACAAGUAGUGCCCAAGAUAUUACCAGAAUUAAAAGAUAGUUCAAAAUUGUUGCUUUCUAUAGCCAUGGGCAUUUCUAUCUCAACUUUAGAAAAGGCCUUGCCAGAAGGGACUCCAGUAAUACGAGUAAUGCCUAAUACACCUGCCCUCGUUGGCUGUGGUGCUACAGUAUUUAGUCGUGGUACAAAUGCAGGAGAUAAAGAAGCAGAAGUUGCCGAGAAAUUAUUUUCCUCCGUUGGUUUUUGCGAAGAAGUGUCUGAAAACAUGAUAGAUCCAGUGACUGCUCUAGCUGGAUCAGGUCCAGCAUAUGUAUACAUGAUGAUUGAAGCUCUCGCAGAUGGUGGUGUAAAAAUGGGAUUAAUGAGAAAUCUAGCGUAUAAAUUAGCGGCUCAGACUGUCCUUGGUGCAGGAACUAUGGUUCGCGAAACUAACAUUCAUCCUGGUCAGCUUAAAGAUGACGUAUCCUCACCUGCAGGAUCCACAAUAACUGGAAUUCAUCAAUUAGAAAAAUAUGGAUUAAGAGCUGCGGUUAUUAGUGCUGUAGAAUCUGCCACUCGUCGAUGUAAAGAAGUUAAUUCUACUUUGGAAAAGGAGAAGUAGCGAUUGAGUUAAGUUAUUUUGUAAGUAAUAUCAGAAAAUUGCGAAUUGAGAGGUAUAGAUAAACUCUUAUGUAUAGAUCUUAGGUAUAGAUACAUUUUUUCAAGGGUGUCCAAGUUGUUACGUUCGUAGUGAUGAAGUCAUUUUACUCUUUGAACUAUUACAAUUGAACCACUUUUAUUACUUGUCUUUGAAAUCGUUGGGUGAUCUCUCUUUUAUUUUUCUUUUGUAUGUACGUGAAUUAUUUAUACGUAGACUACAUUAGUGAGAUUUUUAUUGUUAGUUUUAGAAAGAUUUGUUUCUGUAAAUAAUUUUGCAUAGGCAAUAUUAAGUAAUGCAUUUAUCAAAACAAAAACAAUUAAAUGAAAUUUUCCGAAAUAACAUUUAUUUUCACAAUGCUUUUGACGAACGACUUGUACAAAUUCAGAGUUACGAAAUAUUAAUCAUUUUCAUGAUUAUAUCUGUUAUAUAAAUAUAAAUAACAGAUAAUAUAAAUUAUUUAACUGCGCUAUUCUUUUAUAUAACUUUAAUAUAAAAUAAAUAGAAUUUUAUAUAUACAAUUUUGUACAAUUGUUGGGAGAAAUCUAAAUAAAAAAGACUGCUAUGUUUUUUAUAAUAAAAAAGAUUGAUCGAGAUUAAAAUAUUAAAUAAACGAAUCUCUUUGGAAGAAUAAUAUAUUAUUUUCAUUAUAUCACAUUAGCAAAAGCAUUUGUUUUUUUUAAAACUAGCAAAAUAUCAUUAUUUUGUUAAUGUAAAUCUAUAGAUAUUUCUUAUUACAGUAUAAUAAAUAUACGAUUAUUAGAUUUAAUAACAAGCAGAUUUAGUUAUACAUCUUAUAUAACAAAUAUAUAAUACUUUUCUUACAGUACUGUUUACAAUUACUAUAAUUUUAUAAAUAUUGUAAGGCCAAUAAACAAAAUAACCU